AUGACAGCAAGCAAUUGCAAGUAUUCCAGCGUCAAGAUUCUCCAUUUGGAAAAACCAAAUCAAUUGGAACUAGCAUACCACGUUCGUCGUGAAGUAUAUGUGGUAGAACAGGGCUAUCUACCAAAUGUAGUAACUGAUGAAGAUGAUCCUGACGCAGAGCAUUGGGCUGCAGUAGCAGACAAGCAUCAUGAAGAUGGCUCGGUGGAGCCAAAUCAUUCAAUUGGGACUAUUCGCUUGGUUCGUGUUUCAGAGAAUGUAGCUAGAUUGGGCAGGGUUGCAGUUCUGUCAAAUGCUCGAGGAUUAGGCAUUGGCCCAAAAUUGAUUGCAGAAUUCAUCGAAUAUUGCAAAGCCAAUGGAUAUCAUACAAUCUAUUUGCACGCGGUUUCAGAGAAGAGAGGCUUUUACGAGAAACUAGGAUUUGUCGUUGAGGAUGGGGAUGACGAAGAGUUUGAAGAAGAUGGCACCCCUCAUAUCCGUCUAUGGAAACGCAAUGUUGUUCAGGAACAACCGUCAUUAGUUUCAUAG